GUUUAGAUUAAAUUAUGUAAAUGUGAUAUUGCAUUUCAUUUUAUUUCCUGACAGAUUCCCGGCCUGCAUUGCGUACGGCAGUUGCUUUAUGUUUAAUGAUUCAUUCUAGAUUAUAGAUGGCCACAGCUGAACCUUUAAGGACAGGGAGGUGUGGCGCACGUCCUAUGCCGGCCCCUGCUUACGUCGCACCCAUGCGUCGCUCUUAAAUGAGCCAAUUGCCUCGUCGGCUGUCAGAAGACAGGCGAGUCAACGACACGUUGGCCUACCCCGGUACUCCUCCACAAUGUACACGGACAAGUUGGACAAAAGGCAAACUAUUGAACUGAGGAAGAAGCAUAUCGGGCCUUCAUGCGAGAUCUUCUUCACUGAUGACCCCAUUAAGAUAGUGCGAGCCAGGGGUCAGUACAUGUAUGACGAGAGGGGCCAACGCUACCUGGACUGUAUCAACAAUGUGGCCCAUGUGGGUCACUGCCACCCGGAUGUGGUGAAGGCCGGCGCAGAGCAGAUGGAAGUGCUCAACACCAACUCACGCUUCUUGCAUGACAACUUGGUGCUCUACGCCCAGAAGCUGCAGGCCACGCUACCAGAGGAGCUGUCUGUCUUUUACUUUGUCAACUCUGGAUCUGAAGCCAAUGACCUGGCACUCCGCCUCGCCCGCCAGUACGCGGCCAGCCAAGAUAUCAUCACCUUGGACAACGCCUAUCACGGUCAUGUGACGUCGCUCAUUGAAAUCAGCCCCUACAAGUUCCACCAUCUGUCCAACGGGCCCCUCAGUCCAUUUGUGCACGUGGCCUCGAGCCCAGAUGUGUACCGAGGCAAGUACAGAAGAGACCACCCUGAUCCCGCAACGGCGUACGCAGAUGAAGUCCGAGACAUCGUAGAGCGAGUGCAGAACAAAGGAGGCAAGGUAGCCGCUAUUAUUGCGGAGUCACUGCAGAGUUGUGGCGGACAGGUCAUUCCCCCCGCGGGCUACUUCCAGCAGGUGGCGCAGCAUGUGCGCAAAGCAGGAGGACUUUUUAUUGCAGACGAAGUCCAAGUGGGCUUCGGACGGGUGGGUACCCACUUUUGGGCCUUCCAACUCCAGGGCGAUGACUUUGUGCCCGACAUCGUUACCAUGGGCAAACCAAUAGGGAACGGACACCCGUUGUCAUGUGUGGUCACAAGCAGGAAGGUGGCUGAGGCCUUCAUGUCGUCAAGGAUGGAGUACUUUAAUACAUUCGGAGGCAACCCAGUGUCGUGCGCCAUCGGUCUGGCCGUCCUGGAUGUGAUCGUGAAGGAGGAUCUGCAGGCGAAAGCUUUGCAAGUAGGCGAGUACCUGAUCUCUCUGCUGGAGGCUCAGAAAGAGAAGCACCCUCUCAUCGGUGAUAUCAGGGGUCGCGGCCUGUUUGUGGGGGCAGAGCUGGUGAAGGACCGCAUAAAGUUGACCCCGGCCACAGCAGAGGCCCGGGAGGUCAUUUAUCGCUUAAAGGAGCAGCGAGUACUCCUCAGCGCAGACGGACCUCAUCGCAACGUGCUGAAGUUCAAGCCGCCCAUGUGCUUCGACACCAACAAUGCCGACUUUGUGGUGGACAAACUUGACCGCGUACUCACAGAAAUUGAAGUGGCAACAGGAAUGAAGACAGCCAACUUACUAAAUGGAGUGAAUGGCGUCAAUAAAAUACACUUUAGAAAAGGUUCCACUGGUGACUCAUCAUAGCAGGGCGGCGCACAUCAACCCUUCAAAACACCAAGAGACCAGAAACCUUCAUUUUAAAACAUUGAUAUUGAUACGCUGCAGAUUUAAGAGAACAUGCAAUGCUUGCUUGGUUGUUGUUUUAAUAACUUGACUUUUGUUUCGCAUUAUCAUUCAUCAUAAUUGAGAACUCAAUGAGACACACUGAGGAAUAGUGCAUUAAGGGUCACAAUGGAGAAGGUCGGAACACAUUAACAAGAGAACUUCAAUUAAAUUAAAGUGAGAGCAAGUGUUUGAUAAACUGCUGAUUUUGCAGUUUCUCUUCACUGUAUUUUAGAAUGUUUAAUUUCAGUGGGUGCUACUAAUCUAAAUACUAAUCAGAUAUGACUUUAAUUUACAAAUGCUGGUGCAAUAUGUGGCUUCUAUUUGUGUAAUUAGCGACUGGUUCAGAUGGGCAAUAAUAUUUGGAAAGACUUGACACUUUCAUCACCCUUGAAGUGAAUGAAUGCACCAUGGAACAAAAAUAUGCUUUUGUGUCUUUUUUUCCAUUUGGUCCUUUUGAAUCCCGACGUUUGAUAUGUAUUUUAGGGAUGUCCAAACUUUUUCUACCCUGUGUGGCAUACAUAAAAAUUGAGGAGGAUUGAUGCAAUAUUUGCAUUAAAGAAACAUAUCCAAUGAUUAAUCUCAAUAAGCUAUCUGAACAAAACAUUUUCAUCCUAGCUUUGUGUUUUAGUGACAAAGCAAAUCAUUGUACAGUGGAUCUCUGCUUAUUUGUGGUUCUGCUUGUACAUAUAUUUUUUAAUCGUAACUAGUUUUUUUUUUGUAGAUAAAUAGAAAGUUAAUAGACAGCCGUUUGUUUGCAGUAUUUGCUGGUUAAAAAAAAAAAAAAGUGCUGCAGCUAUGAAUCCAGCAGAGGGUGCUGUCCACAGGUCAAUUUACUCACAUUUACUAGCAGGAAAAUGUUUUGACUAGACAUGUUUAACUGCAAGUUUUGCAAGUACAAAACUGUAUGCCUGUACUUAUCAAUGUGUGAAAGUAAAUUAUAAAUGUGUCAAAUAACUGUGAAAGGCAUAUCUCGGGUUUCAAGUAUUCAAAGUAGGCUUUUUAAUGUUUGUGUUUGUUGUUUGUUAUUCUCUGUGGGUCAUGGAACAUAACCCUGAGAACAGCAGGGAACUACUGUAAUAUCUAAUAUUGUAUCUAAUUAUUAAAUAAAUCACUUUUUUAACAAAAAUGAGCAGAGGGGAAUUCCC